UGUUAAUUGACAUUUGACAUUUACAUUUAACGAAGUCCAUUCGCAAAGGGUUUCGUAAAAUAACCGAAUAUACAUUAUUUUAAUUAAUUUAAUUGGUGACAUACACCAGUAAGAUACUUGUGUAUAACAUGUUUUCUUCAAACACAGCUAACUGUGUCAAAAGUCAGCAUUUUUAUUUGUUUCUUCUGCUUACAUUAUUUACAGUAGAAGUGACACCAGGAGCGAAUGAUUUGCACUUCUACGACGGUUCCUCAAACGCAGAUAUAAUAGCCGGUGAUGUGUUCUUUGAGAUUCUGGAUCCGCCAGAAUUAAGCUAUACGUAUCGCAUCAGACCGGCUAAGGACUUCGGUGCCCCCUUUAAUAGCAGUGUCAGUUUUGAGAAGGCCCGCCUCGUCCCCACUAUUCCUCUUCACAGUUGUUCAGAUUUAAUCAACCAAGAUGACAUCAUUGGAAACAUAGCACUGUCAGAGAGAGGGGAAUGUUCGUUUGUGUUCAAAACAUUUAAAGCUCAAGAGUCGGGGGCUAGAGCGAUGAUCAUAACUGAAUCCAUUGACAGGUGGGAUGAAGCCUUGGAUCACCUCAUAGAGAUGGUUGAUGAUAAAAUGGAUUUGGACGUUCACAUCCCAGCUGGGUUCCUCCUCGGUAGAAGCGGGGCAGCCGUGCUGAGGACUUUGAGGAAGCUGCACAAACCUCAUGCCAUCGUCAACCUUCCCAUCAACAUGACACACAUACCAAUCAGUAGAAUGAACCAACCUCCCUGGAUACCCUGGUAGAUCAGAAAUAUCAGUACAAACAAAUGGCAGCAAAGUGAGCUAUUAUGUGGAGUCUGACACAAGCUCUUUAGUUACUUUGGUGGGAUAUAAAUUGUUAUUUAAUGUAUAUAUGUUUGUGUUUUGUGUUAUUUGUUAUAUGCUUGACCUCUGAUUGUUUUGUUUGUAAUUUAUAACAAAGGUGGUGUUUUAAGUUGAAUCAGCUCUGUACUCUGUAUAUUAAAAGGAUUUGAAACCAUUUUGUUUUCAGAAUAUUUAAAUUCCAACCUGUAUUUCUUCUGUUCUUUUUUUUCAAUUCACAAGCAUUGAUUCUAUAUUAUUUUGCUUGUAGUACAUGUUAUGAUAUAACUAUUUUUUUUUAGUUAUACAGGUGACUACAUUUAUAAUAUUUUUUAUAUAGUUAUUAUCUGGUACAAAUUAUCGAACUCAUUAUAAAUACUAUUCACUACUAUUUAAAAAAAAUUGUUAAGACAUCUAAUAUGAGUUGCAUUUGGGUAUUAUUUAAAUAAUUUAUUAUUAUGGGGAGAUAUUAAAAUGAAAUUCUUGGAAAGACAAUUUAUAAUAACUUAACACCUUCAUCACAUCUGUUAAUAAUAUAUUUUUUUAUGACAGUAAAGGCAUUUAAAAUUAUUUUAAACCUAAUCUGUUUAACACAGCUAACAAUGUUACUAGAAGUUGAAUGGUUUUAAUUAUUUUUCUCAUAAUUGCUUUGGCUUGUUGUAACAAUGAAAUGAAAAUUUACAAAAAAAACUACAUACAGAUAAAACAAUACCAUAGUAGAUUGUUUUUUGUAGAUGAAAACACUUGAAUAAGUAUAUUUAAAUAUGAGUAUACAAUACAAAAAAAAAAUGUUAAUACAGACUACAAGUUAAUUUUAUAAACAAUAUUUUACAACUUAUUUUGUGAUGACUUUAUUUAGAGUUCAAAGAAUUGUUUACCUCACCUUCAUUACUAGUCAACGUAACAAGAUAUUAAGGAAAUUAAUUAAAAAUUUAUUACAAACAUAAUAUAAAUAAUAAAUUUAAGACAUUUACAUCGUUCUAAUUGUUAAUAAAAAAAUGAUUUUACAACUUUAUACAAUAUAGAUUAUUAAACAUUAAAUACGAUCGUCCAAGUCAACUGUAAUGUGAAUAUAAUGUUUUAGUUAGUUUGUGUGCUAUUUAUAUAUAAAUAAAUUAGUUUUGUGUAUUAUUUCAGUGUAAUUAGUGCAAAAAUUUAAUUUCUUCGCACAUCAGUGUACAAUAUAACUCCUAUAUUAAAGUCUAAUAAUAUACCAAUUAGAUCAUGUCUAGUCACAAUUUUAAGUUCCCAAAAAAAACAAUAAGAUGACAAUGAGACGUAUAUGUUUAUAGAUAUUAUAAUAAUUAGUUGCAGCUUCCAUGUAAAACCUGUAAUCUUUUUUGUAUGUGAUUAUAUCAAAAUGGUAGUUUUUACUACAAGUUUUAGUGUAGGUAGUCUAAUCUGGUUGUAAAAAUAUCACUCGUUUAAAAUAAUAGUUUUGAGUUCAGUAUCUAGAAUGUUCCAUAUUUAUAUAACAUAUUCAUUAUAUACUUAUAUAACAAAUACAAUAAAUAAAUGACAUUUUGAUCUCAA